ACCUUGCAAUAAUUAAUUUCAAGAUGGCCGGUGUUCUGAAAAAGACUACAGGUCUUGUGGGUCUUGCAGUUGAAGCACGCCCCCAUGAGAAACUAAGAAUUCUAUACACUAAAUGUUUAGCAGCAUUGCAACAAUUGCCACAGACCAGUGUAUACAGGCAAAACACAGAACAGAUUGUCAAUGACAGGUUUAGUCUUGUUAAGUCGACAAAUGAUAUCGAACAGCUGGAGAAAAAAAUUGAUGGCCAGAUAGAAGAAGUAAUUCUGGAAGCCCAUGCUGAACUCAGUUUAGCUCGUAAGAUGGCCGACUGGAGAUCAUGGGAACCACUGGUUGGUGAAGCUCCACCUGGUCAGUGGGAAUGGCCAUGAACAUCAUCUUUAGUUCACAGAAUAUUGAUCUGAAAUAUUAGAUAUAUUUAAAAUGUGUUUGAAUUCUAAAAUGUACUUGCAGUGAAUGGUUGAUCAACUGAAUAUAAUAAUGGCACAUGUAGUACUGUAGAGUUGCUGGAAAAUAUGCUCCCGUAAUUGUUAAUGGUUGAAUCUUCUUACCAUACAUUGUAGGCAAAAUUUAAAAGUUUCUACUGCUUUUAUUAGGUUGAUGGUGUUAAUAGUAUUAUGUGAUGGUGUUCCCUAUAUGAAUUUUAAGUACAUAUUAAGCAUGAUGUGUCAACCAUUGACGUUUUCUUUGCUUGGGAGUGAAAAAGAAUAGCUGCAAAUAAAACAUUGUGUCAGUUUGUUUGAAA